GCCAAAAAAAGUUAUGUUUCAGUAAGAUUGGAUUUUUUUCAUUUAUAGCAAUGGUUAUUAACUGUACUGCAGGGAUGGAACGUCAGUUACAGAAAAAUGGUGGUGACCGCUGCAGAGAGGUAUUUGGGUGUGCGAAAUGUGAUGUCAGAAGAGUUACAGGGUGUAUUGAGUGGUAGUGUCCCAUCCUUUCAGGCUGUUGGCCUGAGGUAGGACUAAAUAGAUUUAAAUAAUGGAGUGGGUUUUUAGUAAGUGUAGAGAAUUUGUUUAUUUUAUUAUUUUUUUUAAAAGAAAGAAAAAAAAGUUUAAGGGAGUUGUACUCCAGUCUAGUAGGUGGUGGUAAUGCAACCUUUUUUGGAUGACAACCGCUUUUCAACCUCAUCGAAGAAUAUCCGUGACCUGGAAGUACUUCUUUAUUCCUGCCUGCUUCACAGCGGGCGUCACACUUAGAGGCUGCUGCGUGUUUUUUUUUCUACCAAAACAUGAACCUUAGUUCAAUUAGUUAACCUGUAUUCAUACGAGGAUUAUUUCGUUUACAAUGUACAUUUUAUCAACAUUACUUUAAAAAGUUGUAAGCCAAAGGUUGGACACGUUUUUUUUUCUGGCCACUGUGGUGUACUGUGCUAACUAACGCGUUAGCUGGCUAGCCCAUUCCCCAUACAAACUUGUCUGUUGUUUUGGACACCUAGUCGGCGGAUAAGGGUCAACAAAGAGAGACUCCUCUGUUUAUGUUCCUUUCAGGAUGUCCAAAAUUGAGCGUCUGAAUGCCCGUGUGGCGAAGCUGCUGACGGUGGCAGUGCAUGAGGUUCUGGAGGUGGUGAAAGAGACUGUGUCAGAAUACCAGGAGAAAACAGCCAGAACUCAAAGAGAGAAUGAGAGUCUGAGGAGAAGACUGCAGGAAAUGCAGGGCAAGAUGAAGAGAGAGAACACAGCUGCUCAACUUGCAACAUUUCCUGCGACUGGUGGCCGUGGAAGAGCGGCCAUCGAGAAACCGUCAGAGCAGGGUUGGAGCCCUAGUCUGAGGCAGGACAGCCCAGAGCCCACACAGGUAGAUGAGAAACCAGCGCUCACUUUCGAACAGACUGUGAGACUAAGGCAGGAGGAGGAGGAGUACAAUGCACUGGAGCUGGAUCAAACAGCACACUAUGAGACAGAGUGUAACUUUACCUUAACCUUACCCGGGCAUCACGAGGAGGUGGCACGGCAAUCAGAUGAAGCCGUUUCGGUCCACGUGCCUCAGGGUGUGAAAAAUGACUCGCACUCAGACUUGAAUAGCACUUCACAGGGAAACACCCAGCUUGGCAUCAAUCUGACUGUUAUCAAGACGGAACCCGAGACCACCGAGUGCUCAGCACCCGAACCUUUGACUCUCCCGGAGACGUUUGAUUGUGUUGAUUUAAGCUGCAAUUCCACACGCUACGACCCAACAACGAAUGCUCACAAGUCUCAUGUGAGCACUGGACCAUAUAACGAACUCGUAUUCGUCCACUCGAGUCACAACAGCGUCGGGAGGAGGUUUGGGUUUGGGAAAAACAGCAGGGACGGGAGGAAACACCAUAGGCAACACUUCAGGAGGGAUGAGCCGCACAGCUGCUUUGUGUGCGGCAAGACGUUCAGCCGGGUGGGGAACCUGCGUAUCCACCAGCGCUGUCACACGGGCGAGAAACCCUACUGCUGCCUUCAGUGCGGCCGGUGUUUCAGUCAGGCCGGGGACCUCAAAAAGCACAAAAGAGUCCACACAGGGGAGAAGCCAUACUAUUGCGGCCAGUGCGGCAAGAGCUUCAGCCGUGGGGAGAACCUAAAGAGGCAUCAGAAGAUCCACAUCGGAGAGACCUUACACCUGCAGCAGGCAUGGAGAGAUCAACAGUCAAACUAGGCGUUCAAAGCAAUUUUUUUUUAGAAAAAACUAUAUAAAUGCACAUGCAGUGCGUGGUACUGAAAUUAACAUGAGAUCUGCAGUGCUGAAAAAGUAAAGUGACUGGGUCAUACUCAUGGGUGGAUUGGCUGUAUUAUUCAGGUUAUCGAUUUAGUCAAUGGGUAACAUGUAUUUUGACCAUUAGUGGAUGGCAUACCUUUGAUCCACUGGAGUGUUCAUUAUUCAAUAGGCAAACCUCUUUAUCACUGGCUUUUGAAUAAGAGAGUGCGGUGUAAGCAACAAAAAUGUUUUGUACACUGAAACAUGUAUCUCCUCUGUACACAUACAGGAAAGACUUGGAUGUUGUGUGACAAAUUGAGCAUUACAACAUUGUGUUCAUGAUGAUUAAAGAGAGAAGUGAGCAAACAGGA